AUGUCCUUACCGAUCCGGGUUCCUACAAACACACAUCCUUCUCGACUUCCUCCCAACUAUGGUACAGUAGAAGGCGGCGGCGGUGGUGGUGGUGAUGCUUCAUCCUUUCGGAGUGCUGUGGAGUCGUUUACUGGAUCAUAUUCUCGGGCGUCCAUGUUGUAUGUUGCCGAGAACUUGACGGUGUCGAGUCAUCAUGGUAGUAUCCAUGGUGAUCUAUUGGAGCGAAAUGAUACUCAGCAUGAUGAUGUUGAUUCCACACACAAGCUUCUUGUUGGUCGCACGUACUCUUUUCCUUCUCUUUCUCGUCACACAACAGUUGCCUCAGCGCUCGUUGACAUUACUCAGGACGUAUCAGCUCGCUCGACAUUUCUCCAAUCGGUGUUCAAUGCAGUCAAUGUGCUAAUCGGCAUUGGUAUUCUGGCACUUCCACUUGCGUUUCGAUGCGGUGGAUGGCUCGGUGGUCUAUUUACAUUCUUAUUCUGUGCAUUGGGAACCAACUACACUGCCAAGAUCAUUGCACGGUGCUUGGAUGCAUCCCCUGGGGCAUCGACCUAUGGCGAUAUGGGAGCAGCAGCAUUCCAUGAAGGUGGACGAGCCUUUGUGAGUAGUGUCUUUAUCGUUGAGUUGAUGACCAUCGGCAUUGCAAUGGUUGUGUUACUUGGUGAUGGAAUCCAAUCAUUUUGGCCUGAAAUUGAUCUCCUGACGGUGCGUCUAUUAUCAUUCGCCAUCCUUACACCCACCAUGUUCUUGCCUAUGCGCCAACUCGCUAUCACAAGUCUCAUUGGUAUCGUUGCAUGUGUUGCUCUCUUGUUGACGGUGGCUGUGGAUGGAUUUACGAAAUACAAUCGGCCUGGAAGUUUAUGGGAACCCAUGCCAACGGAAGUGGUUCCUUCGGAUCUAUGGAAUGUGCCACUUGCUUUUGGUCUCGUGAUGGCUGGGUUCAGUGGACACGCUGUUUUUCCAUCGAUUCUAAGGGACAUGGAAGAUCCAAAGCAAUACGAUCGUAUGGUGGAUAUUGCGUAUGUGGUUACAGCAGCGGCAUAUGUGCUAAUGGCUAUUAUGGGUUAUUUGAUGUUUGGACAAGAGACUAUGCAGGAGAUCACGCAAAACCUCGCUGCAACUCCCGGUUAUUAUCCCAUCGUGACCAACAUUGGUAUUGGGCUUAUGAUCCUCACCCCAUUAGCAAAGUACGGUCUGAUGCUGAAUCCAGUGAAUCUAACAUGGGAGCUAUGGUUACUCAAUAAGCCAGUGGUCGACGCUUGGUGCAAGUUUCACACUUGGAGAAAACACGUGAUCACUGCAACAGCACGUAUCCUUACUAGUGCAAUCAUUGUCUACAUUGCCACGGUCUUCCCAGGCUUUGAUCGCGUUGUGUCGUUGCUAGGCGCUCUAUUCAGCUUUGGUAUCUCGGCAAUCUUUCCAUUACUUUGCUACCGCAGGCUUUUUGCAGGCACCAUCCCAUUUUGGCAAUCAGUACUCAACAACAUCAUUCUUUUGAUAUCCACCGUUAUGGCCAUUCUCGGCACCGUUUGGAGCUUCAUUCCAAAUAACUUGUAA